UUUCCAGCCAUUGUGUCCGCCCAGCUCUCUCUCCUCACUUUCCCCAACACCUCCAGCACUGACGUAAACCCGAUAGGGACGCAGCAGCAGGACGCCGAGUCAUUGAAACGAAACAACAGGGGGGAAAAAUAUACCACACACACACACACACUGGAGAAGAUGUACAGCACGAGUGAACCGCCUAAAGUCGACGUUAAGCUCUCAGAAGCCACCGUCUGAGCAGCUUGCGAUAACAGAGUGGCUGGGAAUUGAAAUGACUCUUGCUGCAGGGUGCCGCAUUGCCUGGAUCAUGGUAGGAACCGUAUUCUGCAAUUUGGAGCUUGUAUUAUUGAUCUGAGAUACAUACAGUACACCACAUGCGUGGGACUGCGCCUGGGGUUUUAACCUUGGGUUAUCGCGACUGCUAGGGAAUCGAGUACGAUUUUCUUUUUAAAAAUUUCCCUUUUCGGACAUUUCGAUCGGAUCCAAUCGUUUCCAAAACAAGAGAGAAGGGACAAGAAUGAUUAUUGGAAGCUGAAAAGGCAGAUUGGGUCCCCGCUCGCCACCCGCAUCAGCAAAGCUAUACCCUGCACAUAUUACAAAGGGAAUAGGAGAACAAUGACUCAUUUGCAAGCGGGGCUGUCUCCAGAAACUCUGGAGAAAGCUAAAGUGGAGCUGAAUGAGAAUCCGGACACCUUGCAUCAGGAUAUCCAAGAAGUAAGAGAUAUGAUAAUUACGCGGCCAGACAUCGGCUUCCUUCGGACUGACGAUGCUUUCAUCUUAAGGUUCCUCAGAGCCCGAAAGUUUAACCAUUUCGAAGCAUUCCGCCUCCUCGCUCAGUAUUUUGAGUAUCGUCAGCAGAACCUGGACAUGUUCAAGAACUUCAAAGCCACCGAUCCAGGUAUCAAACAGGCGCUGAAGGAUGGCUUCCCUGGUGUGCUUUCUAACCUGGAUCAUUAUGGCCGGAAAAUCUUGGUCCUCUUCGCUUCCAACUGGGACCAGAGCAGGUACACAUUGAUAGAUAUCUUGCGUGCCAUAUUGCUAUCACUAGAAGCAAUGAUUGAAGACCCAGAACUUCAAGUCAAUGGAUUUAUUUUGAUCAUAGACUGGAGCAACUUCACUUUCAAGCAAGCCUCUAAACUCACCCCAAGUAUGCUUCGACUGGCUAUUGAGGGACUGCAGGACAGCUUUCCAUCUCGUUUUGGAGGAAUUCAUUUUGUCAAUCAGCCUUGGUACAUCCAUGCACUUUAUACUGUCAUUAGGCCCUUCCUCAAAGAGAAGACCAGAAAAAGGAUAUUUAUGCAUGGAAAUAACCUGAACAGUCUUCACCAGCUUAUACACCCAGAAAUCCUGCCAUCGGAAUUUGGAGGGAUGCUGCCACCUUAUGAUAUGGGAACCUGGGCACGAACUCUGCUGGAGCAUGAAUAUGAUGAUGACAAUGAAUAUGUCAGUGAUUCCUAUAAUAUGUCUUUCAAAGAUGUAGAAAAGAGCCUCUCUCCAAAGUCUAUGAAGAGAUCCCAGUCAGUGGUUGAAGCUGGAGUUCUGAAACACAUAGAUAAAGAUGACGAGAAUACCCAACCAUUACUUUCCCUGGACUGACAGUUUCCAGGUUACACAUUUAUCAUGAAAGAGAAAAGCACUUCUUCAGGAUGAGUAGAGUAACACAGAGGAUUCUGUGUAAACUAUGAUGGUAAUAUGUCACUUGGUAUGAACAUUUCAAAUUAGAAAUAGGCUGUAAUAUUUGCAGAUACAUCCUUGCCUGCCUGUUUGGGUGGUAGCUAUUGGUAAAUGAUGUCUUUAUUCAAAAAGUGGAAGUGCCAACUUUAUUGUAAAUACAUUUUCUUAUCAUCAUUGGAAAGUAUUCAAAAAUCCGCAAGUUUAGUCAGAAUUCAAUGUAAAAUAACAGUGAAGAAUAUUUUCUGAGCCAAGUUUACAUGUUAUGCAGCCUGUACUAAAUGCUGUCUGUUUAAUAUUUUGUUCUGACCCAACAGCCUUUUCCUUCAAAAAGGUUAUAUUUUGGUAAGAGAAAAGGAGCUUUGCCCAAGUAAAGGGUUAAAUACUUCUUGUCAGUUUGAUUGUUUUAUGGCAACACUAUAAGAGUAACACUUGCUUUUGUAAAUGGCUUUAUUACAAUGAGAAUGCCUCAAGCCCUCCACUUAGAAACAUUCUUUUGUGAUGCACAGUGCAAAGCAGAUGGAAUUCUCCAUGAUAAAUUAUGUAUAAGAAGAGAAUCCUGGGCAAGAUCUGGGUCCCUUAUUCUGAAAAUUUUAAGAUGUGUCACUGCAAUUGCAAUGUGUAAGAAAUCUAUUUGCACUGUCUGACAAUUACAAUAGCAUCAGUUUUAUAACCAUAGACUUACAAUAUAGAACACAGGUAAUGACCCAACAGUCUACGUUGAUACUGAAGCUCCGUCUAAAUCCCCUCCUAUCUUCCUUCAUCUCAUUCAAUGUGGUAUAAAAAGACAACUUCCAACCGUUUAAUUCGUUUCAAAGUCCCAAACCUUCUAUCCAUUUGUUUUCUUAGAUUGCCCUGCCUGCCAAAAAUAUACCCGGUAACCUCUUAAACUUUAUAUUUUUCACUAAUUGUUGGGCAGAUCCUUUCACGUAUUUAUUUUCAUCUUCAUAUAUGUUAUUUUUAUUUGUGUUCACUUUUUUCUCAUGUAAAUUAUGCCUCCUGUAUUCCCCACCAGAAUAUAUUUCCUUAUCCUGAAGAUUGUGAAACAUUUGAGUUUUGCUGUCAGAUCCACUUCAUUUAUUGUGCAGCUUUCGUAAGUACUUCAAUGUGAUCACAUCUAGGCACCCUAUUUUGAAUAUUGAGCAGCACAAUACUUACUUUAAACUACAUUUAACCUUGUUUCUUAACACCUUUGUCCAAUAUUUGUACUCCCAGUUAUGUCAGAUCAUCCUGUUGCAGCAUGAAUUUAUAACUGCGCAUAAUUCUCAAGGUUCACCAUUUUAUGGUAGUUAAUGAUUUCUCUUUAGGAUUUAUGCUCUGUUCUUGAAGCCAGACAUUCCAAAGUGCUGUUUGUCUUUUUGCUGACCAGCCCAGUGCUGCUACUACCAUAACAUUUCCUAUUAAGUAUUGUCUGGAUGAAUGUAGUAUAUUGUCUGGAUCGGGGCGAUCUUUAGAUUAAGUGUAAGAUUUGGCAUUGUGAAUUCAUAUUAAUACCUUAUAUCCAUCUGAAAGGGCAAACACCACUUCACUUUAAUAUUUUAUUCAAAAUUUAUGGUCUGAGACUGCAUUACUCCCUUAAUGCUACACUGGAGUGUCAACCUGAAUUCUGUGCUCAAGUAAUUGGAAUUGAACUUUCACAAUCAAGGACAAGAGGGCUGUGGAUGACCCAAUAUUGACAUAAAAUACAUAAAUAUUCUCUAAAAUGUUAAGGUUAAGAGCUUAAUUUUAAGUAUCCAUUAUUUAUGAAUAAGGCUGCCACCAAGAGCAGGAGUAAAUUAGAUACAAAGACUGGAGUGUAACACCAGAAACACCUAUAAUUGAAAUUCUUAGAUACAUUAAGGAAAUUACAAAUUGAAAUACAGAGAGAGCCCAGACAGAGUAUGGGCAUUAAUUAGAAAGCUUCAUUCUUAAAUUUAAUUAUAUGAAUGGUUCAUUUCAGUUUAAUAGGGUAUGUUAUUUCCCAACCAACUAAGAUAUCAACAACUGUGGUGGAGUUCAUCCAGGAAAUUAACUCCAAGUGAAUGUUGUUUAAUUUGAAAAAAAAGGGAGAUAAACCUGAGUUUGACUCAAAUGUUGACUGAGCGUUUAUUCUGAGUUGUUGAGAUAAAAUUAUGAAUCCAACAUAGAGUCUACAAAGCUAAAGCUAAAACAGACUGAUUGAAGAAAAUAUAAUGCAUUAUUGGAGGGAGGAAGAGAGACACUUGAGAGGUUAGUUUUCCACUUUGACUUCAAUAAAAAAGAAAAUUCAGCAAGGAAAAUUGCUGCCAGUUUAUGCAUUUUAUGCCUUGCCACAGCUGCAAGCCCCAACCAAUAGUUCCCUUAUUUUAGUACUUGAAAUGUCAGCAAAUAACCUUAAAUAAAUAGAUUGUGUUGGUAAACUUAAUUAAGUAUUUCUUGCCUGUAAUACUUUCUGCCAGUCAAUGUAAUUUAAUAAUUGUAAGUUUUAUAAAAUAUGUUUUCUUACAAUGCUAUGCUGAUGAACAGAACAAAUGUACUCUUUCCAAGUAUAAUUUAACCCUUCCCAAUAAAAUGUGGAUAUAGAUUGAGAACGUAGGAUGUUGCCAUACUGUAGAGGUGACUUUUUAACACAAUGCUCUAGUUUAUUUUAAAGCAAGGAUGCCAAUUGGUCUUUUUUUAAAAUUACCUUUAUUCUUGUGACUCCCACAGCUCUGAUUUGUUCAUAGGCUAUUUUGUUUAAUGACUGGAAUGUGCAGUCCUUAUUAAAUUUAAAUAAAAGUGAAUUUUUGUCAAAUAGAUCAGGUCACUGUAAUAAUCAACUGCAGAUAAAAGCUCUCAGAAAAAAUAUUGGGGUUUGUUUUGCAUAAUCAUUCAUUUUUAUUGCAGUUUAAUUUAUUUUUCAGUACUGUAUUACUCGGAGAAUUAUGUCAUAAUUAAUUUAAACGGCUUUCACAAUAAUAAUGAAAGAAAACAGAAUAAUUACUUCAAUCAGUGUAUGUUUAUCCAGUGAUGUAAAGAAAAAUAAGCCAUAUAAAGCAAAAUAAUCUGGAAGCAUACGUACCCAAAGAUACCACUGAAAGGUAUGUUCUUACCUUUCCUAACAUCAUUGAAUUGUGCUAAAACUACAGUGUUAUUUCCAAGACUGGAGACAUGAGGUGCAUUAUACUGUAACCUUUUGAUGGUACUUUAUGCUUAAAAUGUCUCUCCCUUUAUCAUGAAUUCUCAUUUCCUGUAUUUAUCAAUCUUUAUUCAAGAUUAGAAAAAUAUAUUUUCUCGUCCAUAAUUCACAAUGUAAUUUUUCACACCUGAAGCAAAGAACACCUUUCAAUGAGGUGCAAAUUAUUAGCCAUUUGCUCCUAGAUACCAGAUAACACAGAUCUUGUUAAAGGGACAAUCUCCAUACUGGACAAUUGCUACAUUCUCGUCAUUGGAGUUUUUGUCCCCAACUUUUGACACUAUGUAAUUUCAGAUGGAAGAAGGCUAUUCAGCCCAUUGAACCCAUGCCAAUCAUCUGAAGAGUGAAAAAGUAAGUUCCUUAUUCUAUUCCCAAAGCCCUGUACACUCAUUUCUUACAAGUGCUGAAACACUUUUGUUUUAAAAUUGUUCAUCAUCUCUACUUCCACUAACAUUAUAGACAGUGAGUUGCAGGUCUUUAUCACUUGCUUUGUAAACAUUCUUCCUCACAUUCUUCCCAGCAUCUUUUGUUCAAAAUUUAAAGCUAUGUUCCCAGUCCUUGUACGAUCAGUUAGUGGAAUUAGCUUUUCUUUGUUUACUUCAUCAGAACCUACUACAAUUUUAUGUCCAGUAUCAAAUCCCUCUCAAAUUCUAUAAUUUCAAGGAGAACAACACCAGCUUCUCUGCCGAAUAUUACAACAAAAAUCUGUCCUCCCUGGAACCAUUCUGGUGAGUCUAUUCUGCACAUUUUCAAGGACUUUCAUAUAUGCCUUCUACUGUGGUGAAAAGAUCUGAACAAUGUUGUAGCUAAUUGUAGCUUCAACAGAGCUUUAUACAUGUUCAACAUCACAUUCCUGCUUUUGUGCUCAGAAUCUCAAAUGGUGAAACACAAUAUCCCAUGUUCUUUGAUAACCAUGCUCUCAAUAUACCCCAAUACAUGAAAAGAUCUAAAUACAUGAACUACCAGCCUAAAUACUUUUUUUUAACAACUGUGCCAUUCAGCCUAUAUUAUCUUUCCCUAUUCUUUCUACUUAGACACACCACAUCAAACUUAUUUGUGUUAAAUUCUGUCUAUCACUUGUCUGGUUAUUAUGUCUAUUUCAAUCAUCUUGCAGUCAGUUGGCACAUUUCACUCCCAGCAUCAAAUCUAACCAGACGUCUUUUCCAGUUGGAUUAAAAACAUGCUGGUCAAAGAAGUUUUCCUGAACAUAUUUCGGAUAUUCUUUCUCCUGCGUUUACCUUUCACUUUAAUAUCAUCAUGGCUCUGUACUACUUGCACAUUUCUGCAAUUUUCCCACUCUGUCCCUCACUAUUUAAAGGCCUCCAGCAGCAUGAGCGUUAUGCUUUGGAACUCUAACUGAACAAAUUCUGCCCUUGGCCUCUCCAGCAUAUCCUAUCUUUUCUAAAUUGCAAUGACCUCCUUAUCAGUACUCUUACCUGACCUACUUGUUUUAUUGUGCCCUAUCUAUUCUGACUAUGGAACAUUACAUAAUGCCUGUCUUUUGUACUUCACCCAGAGGCAAUCCCUUUGUCAUUGGUAUCUUGGGCUGGACUGAACUUUCAGCAUUCUCACGGAUGCGGUUCUGAUUGUGGCCCACACAGCUCAAAAAUGUUUGUUCUUCCUGCCUCUUCAAAGUCUUCUGGAUGCUGGCCCAGCGAUUGUCCUGGACACUCAUUGUCUGCUUAGUGAGCACAUCCUACAGAGCUUGGGACAAGGAAUCUCAUAUCCUUGUUAAUAUUCUGGAGUGGUUACAGCUGCUCCUCAGUCUCAGAAAUCCUGAACUGCAGCUGAAACAGUUGGAGAUACUUCCUACACCCUGAUCCACAAAGGGACAUGGAACAACCUGAGACCCCCAUAUGUCACAGGAAUUGCAAGCAACAGAUCGCAGUUGCCCAUUCAUGAUCUAACCAAUUUUUAUUCUCUCUUUUAGAAUCUGAUUAAAAUCUGUUUACCUGAUAUGUUCUUAUAAUAGUCAAUCCCGUCUAAGAGUGGACUUUUGGUCUGAAAAUCCUUAGUUUUGCAUAUAUCACGUGUAUAAGUAGAUCCCAGACUUUUGGCCUAAAAUUCCUUCAUUUUCAUACACCUUGAACAGCGUUGAUGCAGACAUUCUGUUGAGUUUUUUUUAAAUUGUGCUUUUCUGGGAAAUGCCGGUUAACAGCCUUGGGAGAGCUGUCAGUGUUAAAUUCAGCACCAUGGUCAGCAUCCAGUGUCAGUUUCAUUAUCAGCAGUUCCGAAAGAAGUGAGAGAUAAUGGGAACUGCAGUUGCUGGAGAAUCCGAGAUAACAAAGUGUGGAGCUGGAUGAACACAGCAGGACGAGCAG